GAUGAGCCUGCUUGGGUCGAUGCAGUUGGGAGUGGGUUUUUGAAGGGGCCUUGAGGUGCCACUCCCGUCCAGGCCCCUAGGGGAGCACUUCCUGCGUCCUCCCACACCAAGUUCAGAUUAAGUGGGAGUUCUUCAAGAGAAAGUUUGGUAAGAAAUUAAAAGGAGGCAAGAAAAACUUCAUAAGGCCAUGAAGGUCACAAAGUGUACAGACAUCGGAUCCUUAUCCUGGCUUAACUGGAGUCUACAUAGUUUGGCUUGGCAUGAUUGAGUAUCCCUGGGCUCCUCAUCUACCUCAGCCCUUACUGGGGAUUCCUACCCAACCCACUUUUCAGAUCCUUUUCUAUUUCAACACUUAACUCCUUCUUUAGUGCAACAACACACAUACACAUGCACACACACCUUCGCAAAGAGAAGAGGCUUGGACAGGAGUUCCUGAGAGGGUCAGGAGCUGUAAACUUUUAAUGGGGUCAACAUCAACCAGAGAAAUAAACCAUCACAUUCUAAUAGCGGUGUAUCAUCUAUUAGAAUUCUUGGCAACUCCAGGCAUGUCACCCACUCCCACUUUGCAGAGAAUUAGUUGUCUUUAUGGUUUCCAGAAGAUAGGGAAUGAGGACAGGAAGAGACUUCAGGAAAUUUCCAUGAAGCCACAAGAGAGGCCACAGAGCACUAAGAAAACACAAGGAACUUUGCAUGCUGAAGACUGGAGCUUGUAUUAGGUCGGAUUUUCUGAAAGACUGUAACUUUAUUCUUGCCUAUCCCUCGUAAACACACAGGAAUCCCACUUCAUGCUGUGAUAGGUAAGGAUUGGGUAACUGUGUCUGACAUACACUGAGCAUGAGAAAUGCUUCAAUGUUUUAAAGGAGUUCAGAAGGGGAAAAGGUGCCCUCUUCAGGCCAAGUGAGAAAGGAGGACCCCAAAGUUUAGGGAUUCACCCACCGAAAGAAAAAGCAACCACAAUUUUAUCACAGGGGCCUCUGAUGGAAGGUUUUGUGUCUGUGUUACUGAAAACUCUUUCUUGUGUCUGUAUUUCUGUGUAUAUGAACUCAUAGGUAUAUGCCUGACUGUAUCUUCUGCUUAUUUAUACCAAUAAACAUUGGAUAUAUUAGCCAAUCAUGGUGGUGAACUAGGGGAGAAGUAGGUGAAGAUUUACGUGAGAUUUUUCUCUUAUUAGAAGAAAUUCUGCUGUUAGACCCUCCUUGGCAAGCCACAGAGGAAGAUGUUCCAGAGGGAAAGUACAAGCUUUGUGGGCAAAGCAGGAUUUAUGGUUAUGGAGACUUAAUUUCAGUCCUAUCGCUUCAUGCAGGAGGCCUGUUAGCUUAAUAAUUAAAACCAAAUUAGGAUCAGGAUCAUUAAAAAUUAACUUUAAAUUAGGCAAUGUAGAUUAAGGAAGACCUGGGUAAUUAAAUAGAACAAGGAGAAAUUAAAUAAGGCAAAUUUUAUAUACCAACUGUCUUUUUCCUUUAAUCAUAUUUAGUAAAUAUUUUAGAGAAUUGGAAAUAAGUUAACAUUGUUCUUCUGUGUUUAUGAUAUAGGAAGCCUUUUCUUAGGGUUUCUUUGAGGCACCUUGUUAAUAGAGAUGAGCCAUUCUUGUAAAAUAUUUUAUAACCUCCCUUUAAAAUAAAUGCAGGAAUAAUACUAAUUUUAACCCUGACCAAAACACAUCACACUAUAAUUAUUUGCUUAUAUUGUACAUAUUUGUUGUAGAAUUUCGGCAUUAAUAUGUAUUCUUACCAUUAGCAAACUUGCUUUAUCUCCCUAUCUUAUUAACCAAGAUAUUUUACAUUUUAUAGCCCUUUCUAAAAAAUCUAGCCUUCCACCAAAUUUGUAAUGGUUUCAGUCUAGGUGUCAAAAAUAAAAAUCCUUAGACCAAUUUAAGUGCUUUACAAUAAGUUUCACUAUCACAUAUUUUACAAAAUAAUUUAAUCCACAAAUUCUUAGUUACUUAUCUUCAUCUGGAGUUGAAAUGUAUGUUCCAGAUUCAAUUAAACAUGACCAUUCAUGCUUUGGAGAGUCCAACUAUUGGAAGAGCCUUCCUGAAAAUUGUGAAAACACUAUAAAGGGUUGGUCAAAUCCCUUCCUGCCCAGUCCUUAGCUCUGCGCUGGUGAUAUCAGUGUUGAAUAAUCGAGUUCAUGUGGUACCAGGCACUGAGGGCGCAUAGCGCCCUCUUGUGUGCAGAAUAGGAGAUGCUGCCUGCUGUGAAAGGAAUCUAUUCAUAUACUCAAUUCAUUCAAUCCACGGACUGAUUAGUAUAUGCCAUGUGCAGGGAAUGCAAAGAUGGAAAGACAGAGUCUCUGCUCUUAAGGACAUUAGAAGCUAACGGGGAGACAGAUGUUUAAACAAUAAGAGUGUGUGCAUAAUUUUUGUGAUGGUGGAAAAUGCAGUUAGAAUGUUAGUGGUGGAAUGGCAUCAGAGGAAACUUCACAGAGGAGAUAACACAAGACUUGAAGGGUAAAAAGGAGGUUUCCAAGGGGCUAAGAGCAUCCUAGGAAGAAGAAAUAGUAUAUACAAAGGCAUGGAGGCUUGAAAGAUUAUGUCAGAUUCGGGAAGAGGCUGAUAGUUAAGUAUGGCUAGAUAGUAGGCUGAGCAAUAAUAGGUGGAGAUGGAAGGGUAGGUGGGACCAGAUCACAAAGGACUUUGUAUGUGAUGGUGAGAAGAUUUGUUUUUGUUUUUGUUUUUUUCAGAACAAAUAAGUGAAAUGAUUGUAUUUGCUUGUUAGAAAAACUGUUCUGGCACCAGGCAAGGCAGGAUGAGGCUGAAUUAGGGCAGAGGUGGUAGGCAAGAAAAUACAUAGAUGGUUUUAUGAAACAUUUAGGAGGUAAGAUGGUCCAGGUCUUUGGCUUAUUGGAUUGAUGAGGUGGUACUGCCACCAAAGAGAAGAAGAAAACAGAAUAAAAAGCAGAGUUGAGACCAUGAAUUGAGCUUGGGACCUAUUAAAUUUGAAGCAUUCAUGGAACCAAGUGAAAAUAUCCAUGGGGUAACUGGCCCUUUUGUGUUUGAAGCUCAGGUAGCUGGUCUAUCUGGAAAUGUAGACUGAGAAACGUCAGCCAUGGGAAUGGACAAGCUUGCCUCGGGACUAGGGACAGAACUUUGGGGAGACAAACAUUUAAGGAGGAAGAAUUAGCAAAGGAGCCACAAAAGGGAUGGCCAAAGGCAGGAGACCCAGGAGAACACUGUCAUGGAGGCGCAGGGAGGAAAAGUUUGAAGAAAGAGGGAAUGGUCCUCUUAGAUUGACAAUGUCAAAUACCACAGUGGGGCUUAGAAGGAUGAAAAGUGAAAACUUUUUGGGUUUAGCACUUGGCAACUGUUGAAGUUGGGGUAGGGGAGAAACCACAUUACAAUGGAUUGAGGAGAUAUGGCCAUGGAAAUACCAACAGAGACUCUUAUUCCAAAAAUGUCUGGCUGUAAAAGGGAGAGUGUGGGAUAAGAUGGUAGCUGGAGGGGACCCAGAAGGUCUCAGGACAAUCUUUUUUCUUUGUGUUCUUAAUAUAGGAGCUUUAAGCAUACCCUUAAGAGAUGGAGCCAGCAGAGAAGCUGAAAAGUCAUGGGGACAAAGUGGAACCACUGAUGAGAAAGGUGGUGGUGAAGGCAGGCAGGACUGGGGUCAAGAUCCAGGAGGAAAAGAGAUACCCAUUCCUCUAGGAUGGGAGAGUUGAUGAGUUAGGAAAAAAGCAAAACCAUAUUAAAAACCAAGACUCAGAGGUUAUGUGAUUUACCCAAAAUAUAGGAUAAAAAACUGUCUCUCUCUCUUUUUGCCUGAUACUUUGAUACUCCCCAGAGAUAGCACAAGAAGUGGCCAGCCUCAAAGGAGAGGGAAGGGCUGGGAGCUAUGGUGUAUUCUAGGAGAAUCACAGAAUUUAGAACUGAAAGGAAACUGGAGAUCAUAUAUCCAAUUGCAGUUGAGGAAACCAAGGACCAAGGAGGUUGUCAUUUGCCUGUGUGAUGUUACAAAAUUAAUGACGAAUUGGAAGUAGACCCAGAACUGAUUUCAGCCUAGGAUUCUUUCCAAGAAGGAUGGGAGAAAGAAAGAAAUGGAGCAGUGAAAUGCCCCCUCCUUCUCAAUCUGGGAGUAUCCAUUUAUUGCUAUUACUUUAUUCAAAGUACUGUUCUUAGUACUUUACAUAAACAAGCUCAUUUUGUACUCACAAUGACCCUAUAGGGUAAACAUUUUCAUCCAUGUUUCUUAAUAAAACCAAGUCUCUGUAGAGGUCAGGUAACUUGCAAGAGGCAGAGGCAGAACUGAAACACAGAGAUGCUUAACUGCAAAGCUAUUCUUUCACUGUAUCACUUUAAAAGACACACACAGUGUGGUCAGCCUAUGAAUUAUGGAGCCUCCUGGGCCAACUGAGUCCUUAUUACAGAUAACAUGCAGGGAAAUGAGCAGAGCUGGGAUCAUGGAUUGUAAGAUACUUUUUAAAAAUAUAUAUUUUGAUAUCUCUAAAAUUGAGCUGUGCCUUACCAACAAUGGCUGUCAUGGUUUAAUUGACAAUGUUUUGUUUUGUUUUUUUUCCCCUUCUUUGUGGUACAGAGUGUGUCUUGCAAGCCCUUCUGUCUGGAUUUAACAAAAUGCAGGGAGUUUAGGUACCAUUUCCCUGACAUUCUGUCGGCAAAGGGAAAGACUAGAGCCAAACUAACUCUGAGAUCAGGAGACAGGUGGAGAACUAAGGCAGAGUUUGAGCUGAAACAAGGCCUGGGAAUCUGAGUCCAGGAAGAAGGCUACUCUCGGUGAUGUGUGGGUAGGAGGACAUCUGGCUUCAGCACUGUGCCUGGUGGGGAGCAGGUGCUCCUUCAGUACUUACUGAAGGGAACUCAGUUUAGCUUGAUUGGUCUGGAGAUGUCCCAGCAAGAGCCAGCAUGCUUGAGAAAGCUGGACAGACCAGUGGGGGCAGUGGCAGGUCUAGGAAUCAGACCUUUGAUGAUGUUGCUGGAGUAAAUACAUGGCAGAGCUGUCAGGCCUUUGUUCCUUUGGGGACUAUGGAGGAAAGCCAAACUUUUUGUAAUCUGCACCAUCUUUUGCCCUUCUGCCUUCACUUGAUAGUAAAUAUAGCUCUUUUUAUGUUCUGUGAUGUGUCUGCUUGUGCUGGAGGCCUGAGGGAGAUAAAAGAGAACUAUAUUUCUUCAGACAGUCCCAGAGGAAGCAGAGUACCCUCAAGGGUGGUAGUGGCACUGAUUUAGGGGACCUGGGGUUUAGGAAGGUGAGCAUGGGGUGAAGGAGACUGAUUGCCAAGACCCUCAUUCUCUCACAAGUCACAACAACGGAGAGGGAUGGUUGAGGAGCACUGAAAUCUGGUGCGCUCCAGAGAGGAGGGGCCUGGUCUGGGUUCUUCCCUGCUGUAUCUCCAGCACCAAGAAGAGUGCCUGGCACAUGGAGGGCACUCAGUAAACAUCUACUGUUGUUAUACAGCAUACGCCUCCCCAUCAUAACCCCACCAAAAUGGCUGCUUUGGGACACACAUUCCCCUUCUAUGCUGGCCCCAAGCCGACCUUCCCGAUGGAUACCACCUUGGCCGUCAUCAUCACCAUCUUUCUGACUGCACUGGUCACCUUCAUCGCCAUCCUGCCUGGCAUUCGGGGCAAAAUGAGGCUGUUCUGGCUGCUGCGGGUGGUGACCAGCUUAUUCAUCGGAGCUGUGAUCCUGGCUGUGAAUUUCAGUUCUGAGUGGUCCGUGGGCCAGGUGAGCACCAACACAUCAUACAAGGCCUUCAGUUCCCAGUGGAUCAGUGCAGUCCUUGGGCUGCAGGUUGGGCUGGGAGGAGUCAACAUCACACUCACAGGGACCCCAGUGCAGCAGCUGAAUGAGACCAUCAAUUACAAUGAGCAGUUCACCUGGCACCUGGGCGAGAACUAUGCCACGGAGUAUGCAAAAGCUCUGGAGAAGGGGCUGCCGGACCCCGUGCUCUACCUGGCCGAAAAGUUCACCCCAAACAGCCCGUGUGGCCUGCAUGGCCAGUACCGCCUGGCAGGACACUACACCUCAGCUGCACUGUGGGUGGCAUUCCUCUGCUGGCUGCUGGCCAAUGUGAUGCUGUCCAUGCCGGUGCUGGUCUACGGUGGCCACAUGCUUCUGGCCGCAGGCAUCUUCCAGCUGUUGGGGCUGCUCUUCUUCUCCCUGGCCACGUCACUCACCCCACCGUGCCCCCUGCACCUGGGCGCUGCUAUGCUGCACGCUCACUGUGGGCCUGCCUUCUGGAUCACAUUGACCACAGGACUGCUUUGUGUACUGCUAGGCCUGGCUGUGGUGGUGGCGCACAGGAUGCAGCCCCACAGGCUGAAGGCUUUCUUCAACCAGAGUAUGGGGGAAGGUGCCAUGCUGGAGUGGAAUCCUGAGGAAGGGGGACUCCUGAGCCCCCACUACCGGUCCAUGGCAGAGAGUCCUGAGCCCCAGGACAUUCCUCUGUCGGAGGAUUUCUCCAAGACUUGCUGCAAGGAAGAACACCCCAGAGAGCCUGACUGUGCCCUUUAAAACUCCUCUUCCUGGUGGUCACCUGGGCCCCCUCUCUGGCUCCAGACCUCCUGGGAGCCUCACAGGCCCAUCAGAACUGCCUCCCAGAAAGGUUGUAUCGGGCUGCCAGUCCCCAGUCUGUAGAAAAAGGAGACUCACCCUACUGAUGCUAAGAAAACAAAACAGAACUCCCUAAGGUGCUGAACAGACAUCAGGGCUGCUCAUAAGCCACCACCAUGUCAGUCCAAGCAGCAGCCGUCCAUUUCUGCAGAGCAACGCUGCCUUGCCUUGAGACUUUGCCUCUUCAAGGUAUCAUUAUUGAAACCCAACUUCACCCACGACGGUGUGUGUGGAGGGGAGGUUACCCUGUGUGAUUCCCCUGUGGUCCCUCUUAUCCCUCUGCACCUCUGGUUUUCCUUUUUCCUGGGUCCCUUUUGUUCUUCCUUUACUUUCCCAGCUUGCAUGAUCUCUUGGUACAAUGAAAGCCCUGGGAGAAAGAAGGAACCAAACUUCCCACACCAGGUAUAAUAUUAACCGAAUGUGCCACAUUCUCUUGAGCUGUAGUUCUCAAUCUCAAAUUUGUCAAAUAAGAUUGUAGGACUUGCCGAGGACCUAAAAAAAAUCCAGUAUUUACAUUUU